AUGGACGAGCAAAGAUGCUCGCUACCUCAACUCCGAAGCGUGGAGACCAAGUCCCAGUGUUCAACAAAACUGGAUGCAGCUAGUUCGGGCCCUCCACGUUCAGCCUCGUUCAGUCCUGGCACAGAAAUAGAGCGACCGAAGACUAAAGAUAAAGUAUCUCAAAAACAGGCCCUGACUUCAGCUGAACAGGAAAAUUUCUUUUCCAUGAUGAGUCAUUCCCAGCGUGGGCGAAUGGAUGAACAGCGAUGUGUCUUAAAUGUUAGUCCCAUGUCCACCCCCAAACACAAGCCCAGUGAGAGCACCGUGUCCAAAGGUCCAGAUUCAGAAAAAUUCUUUAACCUGCUGGCCAACUCUCAGGGUCAUCGGCUUGAUGACCAGCGAGUGUCUCUUCCUACAUUGCCAGGGAUACAGAAUGGAGGAACCACAUCAAAAUCAACUGCUUCAGAGGCGGAUGCAAGCUACCUGUGUUACAUGGUCUCCAAAGUCCAGGGCUCAAGGAUGGAUGAACAAAGAUGUUCUGCACCUCAGAUCUUUCAAAAUGAGGCAUCUGCAGACGAACAGGAGCAGUUCCUUGAGAUGAUUAGACAUGCACAAGGUGGACGCAUGGAAGAGCAACGUUGCUCUUUACAACCCAGCAGAAGUACCCCUGCCACACCCACACACAAUGGAAGUGCUUUAAAUAGUGUGCAGACGCUGACGCCUUCUUCAAAAUCAUUGCCUCUAGUCAGGGACGGCGGCUAG